AUGACUGGGGUCACAGAAUACACUCAAGACCAGCCACCAGUAGCUCUGGAACAAGCAUUCAAUGUUCUUCGAUUUCUCUCACUGUCCGGGAAUCUUGCUGCCGAGCAACGAUUCCAAGACAUUUCACAGUCUUGUUCUCGGGUCUGGCCGAAUUACGUUAUUCAAGGAAGCCCUUCAAAUGAUCAAACAGCUCAAAUCGAUCUAGAGUCACAGCAACAACAAAGUACAAAUUCAGCACACGACUCUGGCAGGGCUUCUGUAUUACAUCCGUUUGCUUCUCCAAAUCACAUUACCGCCUCUCAAGAUUCAGAUUUCGAACACCAUAGUCUGGAUGAGAGUCGGCUUCUUGAGACGGGGGCUCAAGCUGGAGCCUCUGGGGCAGCUUUUGAUAUGGAAGGAGAUUGGGGAAUGGAUCUGGCAGGCGAAGCGGAAAGAAUCUAUUCAAGCUUUCAUAGUCCAGUACUUCCUUUGACGGGUGUUGACUACAUGGAUUGGCUUGAGAUUGAAAAGGUGUUCAAUUUUCAGGGCGGCGCUUAA